CUUCUUCUGCUUCCCCAUUACUCUCUCUCUCUCUCUAGUGUACGCAAGCCCUUCCAUGUCGGCACUCACCGCUCGCAGUCGACGCCCAUAACUUCUCGGCGCCUUCGCAGUCGGAGUAACUCCCAUGGCCAUGUCGGCCCUCUCGAGAGGCCUCAUUUCUCGCUUCCGAGCUCUCUCCAUCCUCAACCCCACCUCGUCGUCUUGCGCUGAGCACUGGGUCAGGAGGUUCAGCGCGGAGGCGGCCCUGCUCACCCCGGAUUCGGCCCGCGUGAUCGAGGCGGCCCCGGGCGUGAUGGGUCCCACCUCGAGGCGGACGGGGAUCAUAGCGGUGAAGUGCGGGAUGACGGCGCAGUGGAACAAAUGGGGCGCGAGGGUCCCCUUGUCCGUGCUCUGGGUCGACGACAACAUCGUCUGCCAGGUGAAGACUGUCGAGAAAGAAGGCUUCUUUUCUCUACAGAUUGGUUGCGGGCAGAAGAAAGAAAAGCAUUUGACGAAACCAGAAGUGGGUCAUUUUAGAUCUCAAGGAGUUCCAAUGAAGAGGAAAUUGAGAGAGUUUCCAGUGACAGAAGAUGCACUCCUACCUGUUGGUACAUCACUUGGUGUUCGCCAUUUUGUCCCAGGACAACAUGUGGAUAUCCAAGGAAUUACGAUGGGCAAAGGAUUUCAGGGUGGGAUGAAAAGAUGGGGAUUUAAAGGAAUGCCAGCUUCUCAUGGUGCAUCACUGUCACAUCGAAGUCUUGGUUCUACUGGUCAGAGAGAUGCUCCCGGGAAGGUUUUCAAAGGCAAGAAAAUGGCUGGUCGAAUGGGUGGAAAGCGACGAACUGUAAAAAACGUGUUUGUCUACAGAGUAGAUCCCGCAAGGAACUUGAUGUGGGUGAGAGGCCAAGUCCCAGGUGCAGAGGGAAAUUUUGUGUUUAUAAAGGAUGCUGUGUACAAGAAACCAGACAUAUCGACCCUUCCUUUCCCAACAUAUUUUACCCCAGAGGAUGAAGACACAACAAGCUUGGAACCUCUGAUUGCCGAUCUUGGAGAAGUCGACCCAUUCAUGGUGGCAGAUUGAUUCAAUUGCGAUUUUUAUAUCCUCUAACGGAUGGAUCAGCAUUUUUGUCAGGAUAGACAACUCUUGUACCUGAGCUGUUUAGGUCAGUGGUACCAGGCAUCACUUUCUGGUAAUAGAAUCGUUCUUGCAAAUCGAUUAUAUCCCGUUCAUCCCUGGAAGGGCAGCUUCAGAGAAUGUGAGGUUUUUCUUCUUUUUAUUGCUGGGAUUAUUGUGUCUAUAUUUAGCACUGGUCUUCUCAUUUCGAAAUAAAGGAGUGAAAAAAUGAGGAAUUAUGGCUUUCACCAGGUCUUUUUUUUUUUUUUUGCGGCUGCUGACUUAUUACGUGGAUAUUCAGAUGGUGAAAUUAACUUCUUUUUUUGUGUUAGGAGAAAACAAAGCAAUCGAUUGUGUACUUGUAGACGGUCUGGCUGAACGAAAGUCUUGUUGAAUAUGUAGCAAAUGAGUGCAAUUCAGCUUCUCGGCUAAA